CUCAAGCGCAAGCGGAGCCCUUCGCAUGACGCCGCCCAUGCUCCUCCGGCGCCUCCGCCCAAGACCGCCAAAACCCACAACCACCUGCAGAUCAACUACCUCGCGCGCCAAUACCACGAUGAUCUUCCGCUGAUUUCCAACGAUGAUACCCUUCCUUCGAUUCUCUCCUUGCUUGGCGAGUACCAAGGUGUGCUCGACCGCCACGAAAGUAUGGCCUGCAACCUUGGCGCGCGCCCACUUGGCCCCAUUCUGAUCAAGCGCUUUGAGCGCCUCUUCGACGGCCCGCCAAAGGUCCUCAAGUCGCACGGCAAGGAGGGCACCACUGUCACCUGGCUCGACGUUGUCGAGUUUGCGCGCAACAAACCCGAGCAGUUUACCCUCGGCCAGAUGAGCGAGGGUCUGAGAGUUUGUCAGUUUUACACAAAGCAAUGUCGGGUGCAAAUCAGCGAGGAAGAUUUUGUCUUGAUUAGCAGCGGCAUCCCGCAGAAGAUGAUUCCGCCUCAGCCCAUUGUAGAGGACGAGGAGAAGGAGCUGGGAACUCUGGAAAUCCUGGAGAAAAACCUGGGCCAGAUAUGUCAGCUGGCUGACCAAGUCGCCGCGCGCACUCGCCAGCUCAACCACCGCCUCAAGGGCCGCAAACAGGCCAUUCUCGAUCGCCGCGCGACGAACACUCCUGCCGCAGUGCGCGCAUCCAGCCCCUCCAAUGUCGCAUUGAUGAACGGUCUUGGGCCAAACGCGUUGAACACGCUCCCAAAGUCGCCGAGCGGAGGGUUUGUAGCGGUCAACUCGCGACCCGCGGCGGAGAACGGAGACCACAGCAGAAGCGGCGCGUCUCCCGCGACGCGCUCCGAGCUGCUCAGCAAAUUCUCCACCAUCAAUGAUCGUCGCGCAGCGCAACAGCAAGUGUCCAAUGGCGACCAGGCUAGGCGAAACUCCAGCGCGAGUCAGCAAAACGUCCCCGUGCAGACCACAGGCUCGGCUGCCCCCAAGACUUCAAGGACUCCGAGUACUGUCGUUGGAUCAAACGGCCUACCCUACACCGACCAAGAAUACGCGCAGCUUCUUCUAUCCAACACCUCGCCCAUUCCGAUACCAAGCACCCCGUCGAACCUUGUGUCAUCGACGCAUGGUGCACGGCCCAACAACUCGAGCGCCCCAUCCACCGAGAAAGAUGAUGGUGGUCCGUUCAAGGCCGAAAUGGUGGCUCGGAUGGAGAUGCUGCAAAAAGGCGAAAGAAUCCUCCCGCCAUGUGAUAGAUGCAGGCGGCUACACAUGGACUGCCUCAAGAACCUGACCGCCUGCAUGGGCUGCACAAAGAAGCACGCCAAAUGCUCUUGGAAAGAGGUCCGCGAACCAGAGCUUCGC